AUGAAGAAAGCCGUUCUGCUAUUGACAAUCAUCAACUUGCUUUCGAUUCCGGCCGAUGCUUUGAUAGUUUGCCCCAAGUUCCAUCAGAACAAGGAUUUCAUCGGCAGGCUCUGUGUUUCCAUGACUUACUUCAAGUGGGUCACCGGCGAAGCCACACAAUGCUCCUCACUGUCGGUAGCAUGCUACAAUACAACUGUAUCGCCCUCGUUGCUCGAUUGCUAUGACUCCGCUAAGCAUGUAUGGCUUGAGAUUGAAGCUGAUGCAGAACAAGUCUUCGCCAUCAACCACACUAGCGUUACCAUCUGCCAAUCUCCGGUUAAGGUGUUCCGUUGCAAAGUAACCGGUGACGGUUCCACGCUGAGCAUGAGCUUCAACAUUCCAAUCGCAGCUUUGGAUGAUCCCAUCGAAGAACAGAUGGCCCUAGUGGUCAACAAGGAUCGAACGGUGGACUGCGAAUGCGACAAGUAUCGAGCCUUGCUCAGGAAUCCAGGGAAACAGUGCCUAGGCGUUGGCAAGAAUCAGCCAGACAAGGAGACCCAGCAGAAGGAAAACAAGAACGCCAUCAUUGAACUGGAAGAUGAUGCUUUGGAUAUUUUCGACGCUCUCCAUACCAACACGCUUGCCUUGCUUGAACUGCUCACCGAAACCAUUUCCCCUCCCGGUGCUAGAGGUGUAAAUCAAUCCGUGAUCAUCCAGCAGCAAUCACUGCGAGCUCCAGUUCCCACAUUCGACGGGAAGGUAGAGAAUUGGCCGAAAUUUCGGAUGAUGUUUGAGGAUAUUGUCGGACAGAGCGCCGAUUCGGAUGCAGUUAAGCUGCAUCAUCUCGAUAAGGCGCUAACGGGUGAUGCCUCCGGUUGGAUUACGGCAAAAAUGAUCGUUGACAACAACUUCAAGCAAACCUGGCAACAGCUCAUGAAGACAUUCAUCCGUCGUGUUGGCGGUCUCGAGUACCAGGGACUGGAAGUUGAUGAACUAUCUGGUCUCAUCCUCACGAAGAUCCUCACUUCACGAUUGGACGAUCAAACACUCCAGUUAUGGGAGAGGACACAGCAGCAUGCCAAGCUGCCCCAGUACCAAGAAACUGUGGCCUUUCUUCGAAGCGAAUGCCAGGUGUUGGAAAGGUUCCAAAACCGGCACCAGAUGACGGCAAAAGAGCCAUUUUCAAGGCAACAACAGGGUUCGAAACCAACUAACCAGAAAGCCCACGCUGCAACGACUGUGACCUCCAGCAGUUCCUGCCAGGUAUGUAGUGGCUACCAUCGCCAUUUCGAAUGCCCGAAGUUCCAUCAAAUGUCACCGGCUCAACGGAGUGAAAAAGUGAAGGAGUUAAGAAUCUGUUUCAACUGCCUUCGCCCUGGUCAUCGAGCCAUUGAUUGUUCAUCCAAAAAGACGUGCUCUCGCUGCCAGAGAAGACACCACACUCUGUUGCAUGAAGAAUCAGAUUCGAAUACAGUGGAGGUAGCACCAACCAUCCAAAAUGAAGAACCAGCUUGCCAAACCUCUUCCGAGAACCACUCGGAGUCUCAACGAGUCACCGAAACUGUUGCGUCGUGUAACCAUUCUAAAGCUGCCAAAACCGUUAUGCUCAUGACCGCUGUGGUGCGAAUCAAGGAUUCUCGUGGAUGGACAACUCCCUGCCGUGUUCUGUUGGAUAGCGGCUCGCAAGUCAACUUCCUAUCCAAGGCAAUGGCUGACCGCUUGGCCACCGAAAGACGACCUGCACAUGUACCCAUCGCUGGAAUAGGUGGGUCCAAAACCUACGCCAAGGAGAAGAUGAUGGUGAAAGUGGAGUCCAGGCAUUCCGAUUUCUGUACUACUAUCGAAUGCCUCGUAGUUCCUGAGAUAACGGGAGCGAUUCCAGCAACGAAAAUCAACGUUUCGGCGUGGCCAAUCGACACCGAUCUACUUAUGGCAGACCCCAACUUCCACACUCCUUCCGAUAUCGAUAUGCUAAUCGGUAUCUCCCAUUUUUUGCAAUUGCUAAAGACGGGCCGUAUUCAACUGAGUGAUAAGUUACCUGAACUACAAGAAACCCAUUUAGGAUGGGUAGUUGCAGGAGACAUCGACGACGUGUCAACCUCCCAGCAGUGUCUAGCUGCCCUGACGGAUCCUAUUUCUGAAGUCCUUCGCCAAUUCUGGGAGCUGGAAGAGAUCUCUGAGUCAGUAACACAACCCAGCGAGCAAGAUGAGUGCGAAAAAGUAUUCCAGUCUACCCAUCGUCGAGAUGAGACCGGCAGAUAUGAGGUGAGUUUGCCAUUCCGCGAAUCGGUGCACGAGCUAGGAGACAACCGAAACUUGGCCAUGCAUCGGUUCCUUUCGUUAGAGCGAAGAUUCAAGAAAAAUCCGGAGCUAAAGCAACAGUAUUGUCGAUUCAUCGAUGAGUAUGAAGCAUUGGGACAUUGUCAAGAGGUGAACGAAGCCGAUGAUACUCCCAAUCAACGAGUGUAUUAUCUCCCGCAUCAAGCCAUCCUACGUCCAUCGAGCUCGACAACUAAAAUUCGAGUUGUUUUCGACGCCUCUGCCAAGGCAUCCCGGUCCGAGAAGUCAUUGAACGACGUUCUUCUAGUUGGAGCAACACUGCAAAGCGACAUCUUCAGUAUCCUGUUACGUUUUCGGAAGUAUAGGAUAGUAUUCACUGCUGACGUUUCAAAAAUGUUUCGACAGAUACGCAUGGCCCUACUUCACGCGUGUUUCCAACGAAUUUUCUGGCGGUCAAGCCCGGAAGAACCCCUCCGUGUCCUGGAACUCACAACCGUUACUUACGGGACAGCUGCAGCCCCAUUCUUGGCGACCAGAUGUUUGAUACAGCUCUGUGACGAUGAAGGCGACUCAUUUCAACUCGCUGCACGAAUCAUCCGCCUAGAUUGUUACGUCGAUGAUGUCAUCUCAGGUGCGAACACCGUAGAGGAAGCCAUCGCAAGUCAAACCCAAAUUCAACAGCUACUUGAACGAGGUGGAUUCCCGGUCCACAAAUGGAGUUCUAACACAACAGAAGUUCUAGAAAACGUUCCAGAAGCCGACCGUGAGAAAUUAGUACGUCUGGACAACACCUCAAUCGACGUUAUGAAGACAUUGGGAUUGAUCUGGAGCCCACAACGAGAUGAAUUUGUGUUCAGCACCAAUCAAACCGAUCGAGAAGCAAGCCAUCCUACGAAGCGAACAGUGUUAUCCGAAAUUGGCAGACUGUUCGAUCCACUGGGUCUUGUGACGCCGGUAACCAUUAUCGCCAAAAUGAUCAUGCAGAGGAUUUGGAGAUCCGGUCUCCCGUGGGAUACCCCGUUGGAAGGAGAACUUCUACAAUCCUGGAAACAAUUCCGUGAAGCAAUACUCCUGGUAAGCGAAAUUAAGAUUCCUCGAUGCACCAUUUCUUCUGAUGCCACCACCAUCGAAAUCCAUGGCUUCUCCGACGCCUCGGCGGCUGCUUACGGAGCGGUCAUUUAUAUUCGCUGUAUCCUACCGAAUGGUAAGGCUCGACUCAACAUGCUGUGCAGCAAAUCCAAGGUCACUCCGAUAGCUGAAUUGAGCAUUCCACGCAAAGAAUUACUCGGUGCCCAGCUACUUGCCCGGCUACUCGUAAAAGUGCUGGACUCCCUUCAACUAGAUGUAUCGCAAGUUGUUCUGUGGUGCGACAGUCAGGUGGUACUUGCCUGGUUGCGGAAGCCGUUAUCAUCCCUUGAAGUGUUUGUGCGCAACCGCGUAGCAGAGAUUUUGAAGAGCACCGAAGGCUACACGUGGAAGUACAUCAAAUCGAAACAAAACCCAGCAGAUUUAGUAUCCAGAGGUCAAUUUCCACACGCCCUGAGCACCAAUGAACUUUGGUGGAAUGAGCCGACAUUUCUAAGCACCGCGCAGUACCAGUCGGAACUUCCCGAUGACAUCGCAGAUGAAGAUCUUCCGGAGUUGAAAAAGGUAAAUGUAACCGCCAUUCCAGUCGUUAACGAGGAGAAGAUGGAACUUGCGAUCCAAAAGGGAACAACCAUGUCCGCGCAGCACACGACUCGGUCCGGUACGUGCCAUUCUACACACCAGCAAUCAACCCUAAACGUGAUCGGUUCGACCUCACUGUUUAUUGCCACCGCCGCCGAUGCCACCAUCACCAUAGAGACCCUGCCGUAA